AUGGAGGCCUUGCUGGCGCACUCCUUUGACUACCUCUCCUCGUACGAGCCCAACAAGAUUCGCAAGGGCCUGCGUCAGGUUGAAGGCUUGCUGGCGCAAAUAUGUCUUUCGCGGGCCAAGCAAUCGCCAGCUGAGAAAAGAAGAUCAAUGAUUCCCUUGGGUCAGGAACAGCCAGCACCAAAAGAACUGGGCGAGCUCGCAGACGACCCUGCCUUCAGAGAGUUUUUCAAACUGCAGGAAGGUUUUCAGUGGAAUGUUUCUCUGCGACUGGUCUGCUGUCUCGAACAUCUGCUUGGACGGGGAAGCAACGGCACAAACGAUCUUCUCAUCAUAUCCACACUCGACUUGAUCCAGGGAGUGCUCCUCCUGCACCCGCCAUCACGGUCCCUGUUUGCGCGAGAAAUCUACAUGAACAUUCUUCUCGACCUGUUGGACCCGGUGAACUGCCCGGCCAUCCAGUCAUCCACCCUCCUCACUCUGGUGACUGCGCUCCUCGACCAGCCCGCCAACACGCGCACAUUUGAGCUGUUGGAUGGGCUUUUGACGGUGACCUCGCUCUUCAAGAUGCGAUCGACGUCGCGAGAAGUCAAGCUCAAGCUCGUCGAGUUUCUCUACUUUUACCUCAUGCCGGAAACACCAAAUAUGCCUAUUGUCGCGGCUAGCGCGCCAAACACCGCAGUAACCGGAGGAUUGCAUCGCAGUCCUAGCAAGCUGUCCGGAGCCUUUGCGCGCAGCGUCAACUCGGCUAGCGAGACUCGUGCGGAGCGCGACACACGCAGCACGGAAGAGAAGCAAAAGCUGCUCGGUCGAUAUCUGAGCAACGUCGAGGAUUUGGUUGAAGACCUAAAAGAAACCGCUCCAUUUGGGAGCACGGUAUACUAG